UGACUUUGCGCUCUCUUCCUCGCACGCCUUGUUUGGUGAAUUGAACCCGCCGAAUCAAAGCUCCAAGCAUGGCGGCGAGCGAGCGCACCGUGUUGCAGUUCUCUUCCUCUUCGCAGAGCCUAUCUGCGAAGGUUCAUCCUCUGGUUAUCUUCAACAUCUGCGACUGCUAUGUCCGACGUCCGGACCAAGCGGAGCGCGUCAUCGGAACACUCCUUGGUUCUGUCUUGCCCGAUGGAACCGUUGAUAUCCGUAAUUCCUAUGCUGUUCCCCACAAUGAGUCUCUAGGACAGGUUGCUUUGGACAUUGAGUACCACCACAAUAUGUUGAUUUCCCACCAAAAAGUGAACCCAAAGGAAGUCAUAGUUGGGUGGUAUUCAACUGGUCUUGGAGUGAAUGGGGGUAGUGCAUUAAUCCAUGAAUUUUAUUCUCGAGAAGUUCCCAAUCCUGUACACUUGACAGUUGAUACAGGAUUCACAAAUGGAGGGGGAACCAUAAAAGCAUAUGUAUCACACAAUUUAUCUCUCGGAGAUUGGCAAAUUGCUGCUCAGUUUCAAGAAAUUCCUCUGGAUCUUCGCAUGGUGGAAGCUGAGCGAAUUGGAUUCGAUACUCUGAAGGCAACAACUGUUGACAAAAUCCCAAAUGAUUUGGAAGGGAUGGAAACAUCAAUGGAACGUCUACUCGCCCUGAUUGAUGACAUCUACAAAUAUGUUGAUGAUGUUGUGGAAGGGCGGGCUGUGCCAGACAAUAAUGUCGGGAGGUUUAUAUCUAACGCUGUAGGUUCCCUUCCCAAAUUGCCCCCUUCAGCUUUUGAUAAGCUCGUGAACGAUAGUCUGCAGGAUCAUUUGCUUUUGCUCUAUUUAUCAAGUAUCACAAGGACACAGCUGAGCCUGGCUGAAAAAUUGAACACAGCUGCUCAGAUUCUGUGAUUCUUUUUGUCGAUCGUUGUGCCUAGGCGAUUUUGCUGGCUCCCGCGCUCUCUCAUCGCUGCCGGGCGUAAUAUAUCAAUCUAAAUUGCGUAGUCUUUGGGGCUGGCCACGUCUUUUUUCUCUUUUCCUUUUUUUGUCCCUGGGAGUGAUGCGGCGGAAUAAAAUGAAACCAGAAUCGUUGGAAACGAUCAUGUAUUCAUGUGAGUUGGAGAAGAAAGUGUUUGAACUGUUAACUGUUGGAUGGAGUUGCCUUUUACAA